CUAAAAUCCUCAAUAGAAACCUAUCAUCUUCUCCUCCUUCUUCCAAGCAAAUAAAAAUAGAAAGGGUGCACGUAUAACUAAUCACUCGAAAGGCGCGUCACCUGACCUCAUCGACCCCGCCAUUCAGGACAGAAAGACCCCACUUCACCCCACUCCCUACCCUUCUCACCUCGCUCCUCCCCGUCCUCAUCCGGUAUUGACAUUUGACAUGUCCCUUCUCACACGGACUCUCCGCCAACAACUCAAACCAUCACCCCUCACCCGCUCCACCAUCUCAAUCAGCAGAACUACGGGGAACAGGACAAUGGCUUCAGCACCAGAAACAGAGAAGUUUGAAUGGCUGGUCAUAAUGCCGGAUCAGCCUGGAAAGUUAGCUAAGAGGAUGGAGGUUAGACCGUCACAUUUUGCGGGCUUGAAACCGAAGAUGGAUAGUGGGUUCUGGAAGAUGGGCGGGGCGUUGCUCGAGGAGGUCCCGAAGGAGGGAGAGCAGAUGAAGAUGCUUGGCAGUGCGAUGGUUGCGUCUGCGAGUUCUAAGGAGGAAUUGCUGGAGAUCUUGAAGAAUGACAUCUAUGCUAAGAGUGAGGUUUGGGAUUUCGACAAGAUCCAGGUUUAUCCUUUCAAGUGUGCAUUCAGGAUUCCACAUCCAUGAGGGCGAGGAUGCUGAGGGGAAGAUGGAGAGGUUUACGUGUGAGAAUGAGAUGAGAUUGGGGGUUCGAAAAUCACAGCUUGCAUGAAGUCUGUAGACAUGGAUUCUUUCAAAGCAAUCAAUUCCACCUGUAAAAAAAUUCAAACCAAAUUCAUUUCGAGUUGUUGAAACCCGCGAUCCGACUCAUGAGUUCAC